AUGACAUCGCCCGGAGAUGGUACUCCGGUCAAACCUCCGCCGUCCUUCUCGCCCGGCGUGCCGCGUGUCCCAGCCAAGACGAGAUACCCUCACCAGCGGCGCGACUCGUCCUCGUCUUUGGACACGGAAAGGGUGGAACCAAGAAUAGCCUCGUCGUCUCCGACACCCCCGCUAUCAAAUGCCACCGCUGAACUUCCCCUUCGAACUGCGUCUCCCCAUGCCAGAUCGGUCCGGUCAUCGACCCCGCAAUUACGGACGUCACUGGGAUCACCAGUAGAUGGGAGAGCCGAUGCUGCCCUGGAUACACGAUCUUUAAUCGUGCGUUCAUUCUCGCCCGUUAUUGGAGUCUAUGCAUCCCCAGACACCGACGAACUGGUCCGGCAAAAAGGCUUCAAGGGUGGGUUCUGCGAGUUAAUUCGGCCUUUCGGAGAGAAUGUACCGGGAAAACUUAUCAUUCGAGAUAGCGUGGGCUCAAGUCGCGGCUGGGAGGAUUACGGGGUUCGGUUCGUCGAUUUAGGCGAGAUAUGCCGGGCACCCAACGACGCAAACCAGACGCGGAAUUCGCCCCUAUCUCAAGUUGAGACAGUCCUGGAGAAGCACCUAGACUCCACCGACGGUCCGCCAAGCGGGUCAUUACAUCCUAAAGAUCUAAUAGGCCUCUCAUCUACUUCACCUUUAUAUAAGCUAUACCUUCGCCAACUGUUAUCGAUCGCCUCUGCCGCGCCCUUUGAAACAUUUCGCCAUCCUGUAGCCAGUGUGAUUGCUAUCAGUUCUCGCAACUCCGCACCUCUGGAAUCACUUAGACAACUGUACGCAGACACCAAUAACGGCCAGCGGAAAGUGCCAGACUGGAUACACCCCGAGUAUCUACGUUACUAUGUACUUGUCCACGAUGAAGACCACGACGACAUCUCAGAAUCAACCAAACUCUAUGACCAGAUGAAGCGCCACUUCGGUCUACAUUGCCACCUUCUGAGACUACGCAGCAAUCAAUGUGUGGUUACAGAUGAUGAUAGCGUACAAAUGCCAGAAUGCGAGUGGCUCUCACCCUCGGAGCGGCUUCUCGACAGGUCAGAACAACUGGUCGACCUUGGUUCCGAUGGCCUUCUCUGCCUAUUCGAAUCCGACGUGAUGUCCAUCAAAGGUCUUGUCCGAGAGCUCGUCGCGCAGUCCGUUAUUCCAUUUAUGGAGAAUAGGGUAGCUGUAUGGAAUGAUCAAGUAGCGUCGAGAAGGCGUGGGAUUAGUGGUCGCUUUAUGUCAAUGUCGCGCAAAUGGGCGGGCUUCGGAUCUGGCUCUCGCAGCUCAGGUUCCGGUGGAGCAAGCGGGAAUUACAAUGUGUCUCAAGGGUUUUAUCAUUUCGAUCAUUCCGAAGCCAUAUUACGAAAGAUGGCAGACUAUGCUUUCAUGCUUCGUGAUUGGAAACUGGCAGCGUCAACAUAUGAACUGCUUCGUUCCGACUACGCAAAUGACAAGGCCUGGAAAUAUCAUGCCGGUGCUUACGAAAUGUACGCGGUGAGCACACUACUGAAUCCAUUAGGAAUGGGUUCGAAGACCAAAGUUGAGGGCAUUGAUCAGAUGAUUGACACUGCUUGUUAUUCUUAUCUGACUCGGUGUUCGGAUCCUGUUGCUACGUUACGCUGCCUAACCCUAGCCGUUGAGCUGUUGAGAUCGCGUGGAGGUUCUGCAGCCGAAAGCGCAGCUAAAUGGGCCAUGCGGGUCAUGGAUCUAGGGUUGGUGGAGUCGGUUGGGCAGGGCCUUCUCAGCGAAAGGAUAUCGUCAUGCUACGCUUCCCGAGCGCCCCCGAAUGGAGUACGAUUUGGUGGUCGUCACCGCAAGGCCGGAAUGUGGAGUCUCUUCGCUGCUGACAUGUGGCUCAGACUUGGUAAGCCAUCGCUGGCAUCCGCGUGCCUUGAGGAGGCGGAGCGUCUCUACGCGGACAUUCUGGGUAGCGAUGGUGCAUUCCCUAUGCCAGAAAUGCAAACUUUCGCCGACAAUCUCCGACUUUCCGUGAAAGUCGGGUAUCUCGAAGCUCGUGGUUUGGAUGUCAGAGAGGAGACAGGCAGUACAGACCCCUUGGACAACGUGGAGACCAGUGAAAAGCUAGACAGGCGCAUGAACCGAAGGUCCUUAAUUGGCACUGCCUUGGACACUACAGCUCUCGCGGGGCUUCAAACGGCGAGAGAUGGGGAAACCGUGCCCAGUGACGAUUUUGAACGAGCAUAA